AACCAGGGCCAAGAUGGACAGACGGCGCAUCGCCUCCUCUGCCCGCCGAUCCUAUGCCUCUGAGGUUGUGGUACGCUUCCCGGGCGCCCGCCGUGUGGCUCCAGUUGCCCGGUUCUCCCCGAGCAGAAUGCCACCUCCAGCUCCCACUCGGGUUGACUUCUCAAUCGCUGAGGCACUCAAUGCCAGCUUCAAAGAAACACGGUCCAGCGAACGGGCCGAGAUGAUGGAGCUCAAUGACCGCUUUGCCAGCUACAUUGAAAAGGUCCGUUUUCUGGAGCAACAGAACAAGGUCCUGGCAGGGGAGCUCAACCAGCUUCGGGGCAAAGAGCCUACCAAGCUUGCUGAUGUCUACCAGGCUGAGCUGCAUCGGCUUCGGUUUCAGCUGGACCAGCUGACUGCAAGCAGUGCCCGGCUAGAGAUAGAGAGGGAUAACCUGGCUGAAGAUCUGGCCACCCUGAGACAGAAGCUCCAGGAUGAAACCAACCUUCGGCUGGAGGCAGAGAACAACCUAACAGCUUAUAGACAGGAGGCUGAUGAAGCUGCUCUGGCCCGCCUGGAUCUGGAACGGAAGGUCGAGUCUCUGCAGGAAGAGAUCCGCUUUCUCAGGAAGAUUCACGAAGAAGAGCUUCGAGAGCUACAGGAGCAACUGGCCCAGCAUCAGGUACAUGUAGAACUCGACGUGGCCAAACCAGACCUCACUGCUGCCCUCCGUGAGAUCCGAACCCAGUACGAGGCUUUGGCCUCCAGUAACAUGCAGGAGACUGAGGAGUGGUACCGGUCCAAGUUUGCAGACUUGACAGAUGCCGCAGCCCGGAAUGUGGAGCUGCUACGCCAGGCCAAGCAUGAGGCCAAUGAGUACCGUCGACAGCUGCAGUCACUCACCUGUGACCUGGAGUCCCUUCGUGGCACUAACGAGUCCCUGGAGAGGCAGAUGCGGGAGCUGGAGGAAAGGCAUGCCAGGGAGGCAGCUGGCUACCAGGAAGCAUUGGUGAGGCUGGAGGAAGAUGGACAGAGCCUCAAGGAUGAGAUGGCCCGGCACCUGCAGGAGUACCAGGAGCUGCUCAACGUCAAGCUGGCCCUCGACAUUGAAAUUGCCACCUACAGGAAACUGCUGGAAGGAGAGGAAAGCCGCAUCACCAUUCCAGUACAGACAUUCUCCAAUCUGCAGAUCAGAGAGACCAGCUUGGACACCAAGUCUGUGUCAGAGGGGCAUCUCAAGAGAAGCAUUGUAGUGAAGACUGUCGAGAUGCGUGAUGGAGAGGUCAUUAAGGAGUCUACGCAGGAGCACAAAGAUGUGUGAAGUGGGGUACACCCAGAUAGCCCCUACAGCAGGAGGCAGAGUAGCUGCCUUGAUUCCUAAGUGAGAAGUUGUAGGGUAGGCGAUUUAUUCAGAUACAAGUCCCAUAGAACAAGGCCUCUUCCCCUCCCCCACCCCCACCCCCAGCCUCUUGGCCAGCUUUGUCUUAGGCUCCCAUCAGCACUACAGCUGAUGCUACACUUGUCAUAGUUUCUCCGAUUCUCCAGUCCAAUUCCUACUAACUGGACAGGAUAAGCCUCUAGUGUCUGUAUUUCUGGCACUAAUCAUAAGGGGAUGAUGUUAGAGACGCUUAGGAAUCAGUCUGGUUUAGGCUAGUAGGGAGGAGACUGAAGCAGAGGGAAGAACAUUGCUGGAGGUUGCUCCCCCUUGACCCUCCCCACAUCCUAGUUUCUAUGGCAACUAUUGCCAGGGCACCAGGAAGCCCAGAGCUGUCAUUCCUAGACUAGGGGGAGCGAAGGGUGGCGUUGGAACUUAUCGGGGUGGGAGUUGUAGAGGGUUGUCUGGGCCCCUUAUUAUCAGGCUGAAAGAGAAGAAAUAAGAUCUAGCAAGGGGAAAGUAGGGGUCCUCGGGCAGGACAAGGCAAGAGGUUGAUCUCUUGUUCUCUGGCCCUGACCUGGGAGAGGCUGGGGAUACUGAUGGAGGUAGUUAUUACUCAGUUACAACUCACAUUUAUAUAACUCACAUUAUAACUCACACAUAUUUAUAUUUAAGGUUUACAAUUCAUCUCUGCUUGCAAUAAGUCUGUGAAGUAGGCAGAAUUAUUAUCUCGAUUUUAAAGAAGAGUAAAGUGAGGCUCAGAGAGCCUAAGUUCACACAGCUAGCUCUAGAAUCAGGAUCUGAACCCAGGUCUCCCUACUCCAAAUCCAAUACUCUUUUCCUUUGUCUUCUGAGUUCCAGGAGAAUAAAAUACCCCAGCUGACUUCAAGAAUCAUUGUUAACACAGUAUAUUGUCACUUAGGUUUUAGGAUGAUAGAUGUCCAGAGAAUCAGCAUUACAGUACCCCCUCCACUCCAUCCCCACCCCCACCACCCCUAAUGUGGUUGCAGUAGACCCAUUUAAGGGGAUUAAGGCUUGGAAAAUGCUUAUACUUGGAGAAAGCCAUUCGGUGUUCCAUUCUUAGCACGUCAAACUGGGAGGGAGGGAGAAGAAGCAGAGCAUUUCUUUUGGUAUAGGAAAGUCUCUGGUGUAUGUUGAGGGACGGAGGGGAUCAGAGGUGGGGAGGGAACAGAGGAGAGAGUUGUUCAGGUAAUUCCCAGAUUUGGGGGUCAGGAGGGGCCUGAAGAAGGUCGAAUGGAGACUUGAGAUUCUGAUCUGCAAGAAGCCUGGAGGUGGAAACCUAGUUCAAUGGAACCUUCUCUCCCUCUCCCCCUUUUCUCAGUUGGAGCCAGGUGGACGGAGCACAGAUCACAAUUCCCCUCAUGCUUCACUAGCUGCUUCAUCUGGCCUCUGGAUCAUGGCAAUUAAGAGGUUAACAUCCUCUUCCCCAGGCCAGAUUCUGCUGGGAAAAGUACAGCUAGAGAGACCACCAAGCUUAGGGGAGCAUGUAGUCUAUUUCCAAGGCCCCCUUCCUGCCCAGUCAAAGUCUCAGUCCUUUUUAUACUGCUUCACCUCCACAGCCCUUCACCCUCCCCCAUCUUUUUCCAUUUUUUCUCUAUAUACACUAGAUUCUAAGCCCGAUCUUGGUUUCCCCUCCCUUCUCUCCCUGUCAUAAAUUCAAAUAGGAGACUCUAAUUUCCCAUUUCAUGGCAUAAGUUUUAGGCUCUCCAGCCAAACUUAGUGGAGUGUUCCUUUUCCCCAACAAUUCCCCCUGCCCAGAAAGAGCCAUGCUAGGUACCAUGGGCGCUCCCUACACACUGCAGAGGCUGUUUGGAUGACAGCAAUACCUGUCCUCUAACCCUCUCUCACACGUUGCUGAUUAGCUGUAUUUCUAAUGUAUUAAUGACCUUCUGUAGUACCUCUCUCCCUCCCUUGCUCCCACCGCACACACCAGCCUGGGCCCCAUUUUUUAUAAUGGGAAAACUAAGGAGUAGAAUCAGGGGAAGAGAUUAGGCUGAAAAGGCUUAGAUCUAAAAGCAGUGCUUGGCCCACUGUGUCUCCUUAGCAUCUCGUAGAAGGCUUUGUUGGGUAUGGGAUUAGUAGUAGAGCCUAAAAAGUGAUCUGGGUGCUUUGGUUCCAAGACCCCCCACUUCAUUCACACCAACAGGCUAGACCUUGGGAGAUCAUGGAGAACCUUUCUUCCUUCUCAAGCUUCCUUCCGCCAUGACUUGUCUUUAGUUCUGUCACCUACUGCUUCGCUAUUACUGACUUUAAUCUAGUCAGUUGCAGAGGAUAAAUAAUAAAGUGUGAUCUGCAUUCCCUGGA